UGGGAAAAUCACAUAUGAAAUAUCCUGGUGAAAUCAGAAGGAACAUAACAAAAGAUCACGGAGUGGAAAAACCAGUGACCGUUGGAAGAAGGAAAAGUGGUGUCGCUUCCUUAACCGACAGGCACAAACAAGAAAGAAUGUUUGAUCAAAGCGGCAGAAAUAACAAAGACGCCUAG